AUGUCUGCUACUCGAGCUCUCCGUCAACUCGUUUCUGUCUCUACCCGGCGCACUUUCACUACUAGUGCUCCCGUGAGGUCGUUUAGCUCGUCCACGCGGAGACUCGGUGAGGGUGCUACCGACCUAAGCCUUGCCCAGAAGUUGCAAGAGGAGUUGAAAUACGAGAAGGAAGCUGCUAAUGCUUCGCCCGAGGUUCCGGAGUUUCUCAAAACUUUCAAAUCCCAGGGUGUUUGGCAGAUUGAGGAUACGGCCGGAAGUGACGAAGUUGCCCUCACUCGGAAAUUCGGCAAUGAAAAUGUCCGCAUGAUCUUUUCAAUUGCAGAUAUCGUGGCAGAGGACGAAGAAGCCGACUUCAAUGAAGGCGAAGAAGCUGCAGGGCAGGAGGGCGAGGACUCUGAAGACCCUCUUCACUCCUACCCCAUUCGGGCUUCAUUGAGUAUAACCAAGACAAACGGUCCCGGUGCUCUUAAUGUGGACAUGAUGUGCCAGGAUGGCCACUUCAUUAUUGAUAGCAUCUCGUUCUACCGGGACUCACAACUUGGUACGGAGUUGACUGCGGAGGCUGAUUGGAAACGUCGAGGUCUAUAUAUCGGCCCUCAGUUCGAAAGCCUGGAUGUCUCCGUGCAAGAAGAGUUUGAGAAGUUCCUCCAGGAGCGUGGCGUCAAUGAAAGCCUAGCAUUAUUCAUUCCUGAAUAUGCCGAGCAUAAGGAGCAACUGGAAUACGUCCAAUGGUUGGAGAGUGUCAAGUCUUUCGUGGACCUUUGA